AUGCAUCUACUAAAAACGAUCUCCAAGAGCGACGUCGUCAAAGGCAAAGCUGCAGUCCAGCAUAGAACGGCGCGCGAUCGCAGUCCCAUGUGCUCGCGCCUUCCCGAAAGAUUCACUGCAGACAAAUCAUCAUACCGAUCAAAGCCCGCCAUGGCGGCCACCACGCAAUUCUGUGCUACUGCCGAGCUCCUCGAAUUGGUCCUUCUCGACCUGGACCUCGACACCCGUGACAUUCUCCUAAGCCAGCGAGCCAGCAAAUCAUUCCGCAACGUCAUCACCGGUUCGCAAGCAUUGCAGCGCAAGAUGUUUAUGCUAGCAGACCCCACUCCGCCUGAAGAAGAACGGUACGGUACUGGUCCAGGUCAGCGUGACCCCAACACAAAUCUCCGCCACAAGCCCAAAAACCGGAAUGAAUGCGACCAGACCGGUGACGAGCAAGCUAGAUACCAUACCAGGGAGAUCGAUGGGAAGGUGUUCACUCUCGAUCGGUCGCCACCCUGCCUCAGAUCUGUCCAACCCUGGAAGUCGUACAUUGUGACGAAGCGUGGUCAGUGGCAACAGUGGCAACAGUGUGCUCAGAUGGAUUGGAACUCGGAGAAAGAUGUAAGUAUGCUCCACAAAUGGAGGACCAUGACCUUGUCUCGCCAUGGCUGGCCUCAAUUGCGCGCGGAGCGUGGACGUCGUGCUGAUCCGGAUCCCACCAUCAACGACAUGCUCGAUCUGUUGACUGAGAACACCAUGAGCGCUGGUAUUCCGAGGCAAUUCCCACUGCUGAGGGCCGAGGACAGCGUUCUGCGUACAGAGGCCUCCUGGAGAAAGAUGUUGACUUCGCGGCCCCCUUCUACGACGGUCCUGUACUCAAGCAAGUACAUCGUACCUGAGAAAGAUUGGGAGGUUAGGGUGCGAGGAAAGAUCAUGAGAGACGACGGCGUGAGGGCUGGAGAGGUGAUUGAUGAUGUGCUUGAGCAUGCGGGAACGGCUCGACCUAUCCAAGUGCAGAUCAACUGGAGCGAGUCGCUAUUAGGUGCGGACGGACGAGCAAAAUGCAGAUGA